UCUUUCAAAGAAACGCGGCUCUUAUUAUAUAGUAUAAAAAAUAUAUAAUAUGUUGUAAAAAAAAUAAAUCUAACCUAAAAAGCAAAUUGCAAAGAAACCCAAACUUGCUCUGUAAACCCUAAUUUUCUUUACCCAUUUGCUUGUGUAUUGGGUGAGUUUUAUAGUUGAAAGAAGAUGAUGAAGAAUGAAUUUGGUGAUGGGGUUGCAUGGUACAGAGGAGCAAUGGUAGGUAAAGGAAGUUUUGGAUGUGUUUAUUUAGCUACUUUGAAGAACCCCAAAUUGAAUUACAGCUACUUUCCACCCGUUAUGGCUGUAAAAUCUGCUGAGGUUUCUGUUUCGGGUUCAAUUCAGAAGGAAAAGGAAGUUCUCAACAAUAUUAAGGGUUGUCCGUAUAUAAUUCGAUGUUAUGGGGAUGAAACUACUACGGGUCAGAAUGGUGCUAUGGUUUAUAAUUUGUUGUUGGAGUAUGGUUCUGGUGGAACCCUAGCUGAAAGGAUCAAUAAAUCAGGAUUGUCUGAAUUUGAGGUAAGGAAUCAUACGAGAUCUAUGCUUAGAGGUUUGCUUUGUAUUCAUACGAAUGGUUAUGUUCAUUGCGAUAUGAAGCCUGAAAAUGUAUUGCUUGUGCCUAAUUCUAGUAAGGGAAGUACUGAAUUUAAGGUUAAGAUUGGUGAUUUAGGGUUAGCUAAGAGAGAAAAUCAGAGCAAGAAGCGGAGGUUGGAGCCUUACUGGAGGGGUACUCCGAUGUAUUUGUCACCUGAAGCUGUUGCGGAUAAUGUGCAAGACUGUCCUGCUGAUAUUUGGGCUUUAGGGUGUAUUGUGCUUGAGAUGUUAACUGGAAAACCUCCGUGGGAUAGGGAUGAUGAUAUGGAUGCUGAGGAUGUACUUAAGAAGAUAGGGGGAGGGAAAGAAUUGCCUAAAAUUCCUGGAAACUUAUCGAAGGAUGCAAAAGAUUUCUUGAAGGGUUGUUUCGUUAGGAACCCUAGGUAUAGAUGGACUGCUGAAAUGCUGUUGAAUCAUGCAUUUGUUGACGGAUUAGUUGAGGAUGAAGGAGUUGAACCACCACUGGAGGUUGAGGAUAUAGAUAUAGUUGAUUCUAUUCUAUUGGUUACUGAAAGUGAUGAUGAAUUCGCCUAUUAUUCAGAAGAUCGGAGCGGUGCCUCUGAAGAUGGUUCCCUUGGUUACUGGUCUGAGGAAGAUUACGAGGAUGAAAUGACAUCUUAUUUUGAUGAAGAAGGGAUAUUUGAAGUAGAAAAAAGUAUAACCGUUAUAAGCUCCACCAUAGAUGGUGGUUCUGAUCAUAUAGUUGAUCCAUCAGUUGAGGUCCCUUCUGGGAGUCCCUCAAACAAUUCGCCGAAAUGUCCAUUAAGUAUUACCAUUCCUGCAGGUGUCUAGUAAUAGUUGGCAGGAUAGAGAUUUAAGCAUUGAAUUAUACAUUAAAUUCAUUGAUUCGUUACUAGAUGUAGCGACAUAGUCUGUAUGCGGUUCAAAUUGGUUGAGAUUAAAUGAUAAGAUCCUUUAUUCUUUUUAA